AUGGACAGCCCCAAGAAACAAACCUGGUUCAUUACCGGCUGCUCCAGCGGCUUCGGCGAGCUGUUUGUACGCCAGCUUCGCGCUCAGGGCGACAACGUCAUUGCGACCGGACGGAAUGCCGACGAGAGGCUGGCCCAUCUACGUGAUACUGGGGCCACUAUCCUCGAGCUCGACGUGACGGCGCCCCAGGCCGAAUUGAACGCCAAAUUCCAGCAGGCGGUGGAGAUCUACGGCGGCGUCGACGUGCUGGUCAACAACGCUGGAUACAUUCAGUGCGGCACAAUCGAAGAACUAACACAAGAGGAACUGCAGCGGUCAAUCGAUACCAAUUUUCAUGGCCCUUUAAAUCUGACUCGUGCGGCGUUGCCGCACUUCCGCAGUAAGGGGGAACAAGGCCAGGGCUGGCUCAUUUACGUGAGUUCGCAAGCGGCCUUCUGGGGAGAUCCGGCGGCGACAAGCUACUGUGCCACCAAGUUUGCUCUCGAAGGCGCUGUGGAGUGUCUAGCCAAGGAGCUAGCAUGGUUGGCACCCGGCAUCAAACCGCUACUACUCGAGCCGGGUCUCUUCAGGACAGAGCUCAUGAAAAAUAUCAACCACGUUCCGUACCGGGUGGAGUUUUGGCGCCCGUUGAACGACGCUUGUCGCGCUCGAGGCCAGGGGAACUACAAGAAUGAGCCGGGCAAUGCGGCGGACCUGGUUGGCAAGGUGAUCCAGAUCGCCAAAGGCACGGGCAUCGCGGAGGGCCGCGAGAUCCCUCUGCGCAUUCCGUUUGGUAGCGACAGUCUCGGUUUCUUGCGCGAGAAGAUUCAAUCAUUAACACAGAUUGCGGAUGAGUGGGAGGAAGUGGCGCGCAGCACGGAUUACCCAGGGCACAAAGGCCCCAUGCCCGAUCUGCCCAAGUAG